AUGAACGGAAUUCGUUCCAUUAUGGAAGUGGAAUUUGAGGAUCACCGAUGCAUUGGCAGAUUUAGCUCGGUGGAAUCACUAGAAGCAUGCCAGUGUUUCACGGAUUCACCGUCUUCCAAAGAUCCGAAAGUGCGCUCGCCCUCGUUAUCGGGCCGCGAAUUUCUCUGGAUUGGAUGUACAAGGCAGAAAAUGCCUCAGGUAUUCAGUGCCUUGAAUGCAGUCAACGAAACAAUGGUCUCAAAGCUCUGGAUUUGGGAUUCGUUGAUCAAUAUCAUACCAGCCGACAUGUUUGCGCAGGUGCACCCACGAAUCCUCUCAAUCGAAAAAUCCGGUUUGAGCUUAUUUCGGCCGGGCGCCUUCAGUAACAUAGGACAGAGGCUACGAGUGCUGCAGCUGAGGAACAACAUUAUCAAGCGGAUUGAGCCAGUGAUGUUCAAGGACCUCGAUCGGCUUGAGGUACUCGAUUUGGGAGGCAACAAAAUCAGCUCCAUCAUUUCAGGCGAAUUGGAUCGUCUGAAAGAUUUGGACACUUUGAUAUUAAGUGACAACCAAAUAUCGAGCAUCGAGGAUGACGCCUUUGCAUCGCUAAGUAACCUGAAAACAUUGAAUUUGGCCAACAACAAAUUGACAAACAUUACUGUGUAA